UACUUGAACAAUGUUCAUUUUCACAUCGAUAAUAUUACUCGUUUAUCCGAUGUUUACUUGAAAACACACCUCCCGUUAAGCAUCAAUAAUUCGAAGAAUUUAAAGCAAAAAUUGUUAAACACUUUCUCCUCUAAUUAAAUUACAUUCGAAAAAAAUGUAUUCAGUGUGUGUGUAGAAUGUAUUACAAUUGUGUUUGGACAUCAGUUACACAUCCACUCACAUGUCUAUGAUAUUGUUAUGGGUGUGCUUGUUUGACACACUCAUUCUGUUUUUAAGUUAUUAAGUCACUUAAGUUAAGUGCAUUACCCUCGAACUUACGAUAUUGAUCGGCGAAUUAAAAAUAUAGAUGAUUUGAGGAACGAUCGUGCUAGAGUGCAUACAAACUUGGCACAAAAUUAUUGCUCACAAAAGGAAAAGAGAUUGCAGCUUUAAGUUAAAAGCUUCAACCUUCAUUGGAAUAGAAAUUACAUAAUGACAGAGUAUAAGCUUGUAGUUGUGGGAGCUGGAGGUGUUGGCAAAUCUGCGCUUACAAUCCAACUAAUACAAAAUCAUUUUGUAGACGAAUAUGAUCCUACUAUAGAAGACUCUUAUAGAAAACAAGUAGUUAUAGAUGGAGAGACAUGCCUUUUAGACAUAUUAGAUACAGCUGGUCAAGAAGAAUACAGUGCAAUGAGAGACCAGUAUAUGAGGACUGGAGAAGGAUUUUUAUUAGUCUUUGCUGUAAAUUCGGCUAAAAGUUUCGAAGAUAUAGGAACGUAUAGGGAACAAAUAAAAAGAGUUAAAGAUGCAGAAGAAGUACCAAUGGUGUUGGUAGGGAAUAAAUGUGAUCUUCAGCAAUCUUGGGCAGUGAAUAUGACACAAGCAAGAGAAGUUGCCCGUCAGUAUGGUGUGCCUUUUGUUGAAACUUCAGCUAAGACUAGAAUGGGAGUAGAUGAUGCUUUUUAUACCUUGGUGAGAGAAAUACGGAAAGAUAAAGAACAUAGAGGUAAAGAAAAAAAGAAACGGAUGAAGACAGGUAACUCAAGCCGUAGGAAACAUCGGUGCUGUUUGCUUUAAAUCACUGAAUAAUGUUAAUUCUCUCAUUUGGUACGUUAAUAUGGAAAUAGAACGUAAAAAACAUUAGAUUAUGUUCACUUUACGCACAUUUUUGCAGCUUCCUCUAUAGAAUAUUGUAAUAAAUUACAGGCACAAUUUUUUCUAUACAUUGGGAGGGAUAAAGAACAAAAUAUAUAUAAUAGUAUUGUAUUA